AUUUUAUAUAAUAAAAAGUGCUAUAUAGUCAAUUAUUUUUUGUAUUAUAUUGAAAAAAUUCAGGGGGUACACUUUUUUGUGUAAUUAAAAAAAAAAAUUUAUUUACAAUUCCUUUAAUUAUAUUAAUUAAUAUAAAUUCAUUAAUGAAUUAAUUAUAUUAAAUAAUUAACUAAAUUGCUUAGAGGAAUAAUGAAUUUGAUAAAUAUUAAAUUUAUUCUCUUAAUAUUAUUUAUAUUUUCAUCGUGUAAUUCGUAUGAACGAGAAUUAUUCUUAAAACGUUCGUUAAGACAAAUUUCCUUAUCCAAUGAUAGUGUGAUUAAAAAAAAUUGUUCUCUAAUUUUCGAUUCAUUUUUCGAAAGAGAUGAAACAAUAAAAAGAGGAUAUUAUCUAAGUAGAUUAAGAAUUGAGGGAACAACAAUACGUAUUAGCGAUAUACCUGAGGCAAAUUAUUGUCAAAAUGAAAUUGCAGCUAUUGAACUUUUUGCAACUGAAAAAAUUAUAUUCGAUCAAGAUUAUAAUUCACAUGGUGUCAGUGUAUCAUUAGUGGCAGCGGCGCCAACAUGGAUUGUAAAUGGCAAUGAAAGAAAAAUUAUAUUAACUGGCAAAAAUGGUAAAAAACCACAUAGUAAAAAGAGACAAAAGAAAAAUUCUAAGCACGGUGCUGAUGGUAAAGAAGGCGCUCAAGGUGGAGAUGGUGGUUAUUUUUAUGGUUCAGCAAAAUAUUUUCUAUGGCAAUCUGAUGAUAAUGGUACAAUAAUAAAUGAGGAUUUAAAUAAAUUUCCCCUUUGUACAAUGGAUACAAAUGAAUAUUUAUUGUAUACUUUGUGUAAUAGUAGUAGAAAUUUUGUAAUAAAAUUUUACGUUAAUGGAGGUAAAGGUGGUAAGGGACAAGAUGGCGGCGAUGGUUUAAAUGGAUUGGAUGGUACGACAUUUAAUUUUGAUAAAAAACUUAUUGCAUCCGAUGGUACUGUAAAGGAUUAUGAGACAAUAUUAAAAAAAAUUAUUGAACCACCAUUUAAUGAACAAAAUUUGGGAAUGGGAAUUUCCGAAUUGAUACUUGGUGAUAGGCCAACAUUAGGUGGUCGUGGUGGAAAUGCUGGUGCUGGUGGUUAUGGGGGAAAAGGAGGUGGUGUAUUUUUAAUAUCAUUAACCGAAACACCAUGUUAUUUAACAACUGAAUAUCCAAUGGAAUUUCAUCGUGGAAAAUAUGGAAAAAAUGGUAAAAAUGGACAACCUGGUUUUAGGGGUUUAGCAGGAAGUUUGGGAUAUGAUAUUCGUUUAAAUUUAUAUACUAAAAAAAAUGGUGAAAUUGAAAUAAGAAAUGUUGAACAUUUUAGACAUGAAUCGCCAUAUUUAAAACGUAAAGUUAAUAAUGGUAUUGUUUUAGAACAAAGUUAUCCAAAAUUUAUACCAUCAAUUUAUGGUUAUGGAAAUGCUCUUAAUAAUUAUAUAAUAUUUUUAAAUAAUACUUUGAAUAAUACAAGAAAUGAAAAAAUGCAUAAAGAAAUUUUGGAUAUUUUUAAUAAUUGUCAUAUUAGAACUUGUAUAGGUUGUCCAUAAAACUUACUAGGUUACGGCCACAGUAUGUUACGUCGUUUAUGUGUCUUACGUAGAAAACCAUAAGUUUACCUAUCCCUGAUUUGUUUUUUGUAAAAUAUAAUCUUACAUAACCUAGAAAAUACAGAAAUAGCAGCUAUUUCUCUAUAUACGUAAGAUUAUAUUUUAAAACAACACAUCAGGGUUGGGUAACAUGUAACAAUAUGGACUAAUUCGUUUCCAUUGUCCCCACACGUCAUUUGUCAUAAUUCUCGUCAACUAAUGCACCCUGCUUUAGUAAAAAUUUAGUGACUUUAUUGUUAAAAUUAAAAGUUACUAAAAUUUUACUAGAGCAGGGUGCGGUAGUUGACGAGAGUUAUGAUAAAUGUCGAGUGGGGACAAUGGAAACUAACCUUAAUAAUUAAUAUCAGGGUUGGGUAAAUGUAACAAUAAGGACUAACAAUUAACAUCAGGGUUGGGUAAAUGUAUAACAAGAACUAAUAAUUAAUAUCAGGGUUGGAUAAAUGUAAUAUGGAGUACAAUAGUAUUGUAAAAAAAUGAGUAAAAAAAAUUAAUAAAAUUAAUAUUAACCUCAAAA